AUGAGCAAGUUCGGUACACUGGUCAUGGGCCCAGCGGGCGCCGGCAAGUCCACCUUCUGCACCGGCCUCAUCCAGCAUCUGCAGAACAACAAGCGCCCAUGCUUCUACGUCAACCUCGACCCGGCCGCCGAAGACUUUGCGUUCGAGCCGGACCUCGACAUCAAAGAUCUGAUUAGCCUGGAGGACGUCAUGGAGGAGAUGAGCCUCGGCCCCAAUGGCGGGCUGAUCUACUGCUUCGAGUUCCUCAUGGAGAAUCUCGACUUCCUGACCGACCCGCUCGAGGAAGUCACCGAAGACUACCUGAUCGUCUUCGACAUGCCCGGCCAGAUCGAGCUAUACACACACGUGCCCAUUCUGCCAGGCCUGGUCAAGACGCUGAUGCACGGCAGCCUGAACAUCCGCAUGUGCGCCGCAUACCUGCUCGAAGCCACGUUCGUCGUGGACCGACCCAAGUUCUUCUCCGGCACACUCUCGGCCAUGAGCGCCAUGCUCAUGCUCGAAAUGCCGCACAUCAACAUCCUGAGCAAGAUGGACCUGGUCAAGGGCCAGGUUGCGAAGCGCGAGAUGAAGCGCUUCGUGCAGGUCGACGCUGAUCUCAUCGAGGACGACCCUUCGCGCAAGACGACCGACGAGGAAGACAACAAGAAAUACAGGGACCCUGCGACCACGGAGAGCCUGAUGAGCGGCUCGGCCUUCCACAAGCUCAACAAGGCUGUCGCACAGCUCAUCGAUGACUUCAGCAUGGUCUCGUAUCUCAAGCUGGACGUCCAGGAUGAGGAGAGUCUGGGUGCCGUGUUGAGCUACAUUGACGAUGCGAUUCAGUUCCACGAGGCGCAGGAACCCAAGGAGCCCAAGGAGGCUGAUAUGGACGAGUAG